AUGGACAUUGAGAAGGUCAACUCCAUGGACUUCGGAGAAUUUGUGGAUGUGUUUGGGAAUGUCAUUGAGAGAUGUCCCCUGAUUGCAGCUGCUGUUUGGUCCCAGCGCCCAUUCUCCAACUUGGAAGAUUUAGAGAAGCACUUUUUUGCCUUUAUUGAUGCCCUUCCACAGUCAGGCCAAGAGGGCAUCCUGCGCUGCCACCCGGACCUGGCGGGCCGCGAGCUGCAGCGGGGCACGCUCACCGCCGACUCGCAGCGCGAGCAGAGAAGCGCGGGCCUGACGAGCCUGGGCGCGGACGAGCGGCGCCGGCUGGCGGAGCUCAACGCGCAGUACCGCGCGCGCUUCGGCUUCCCCUUCGUGCUCGCCGCGCGUCUGAGCGACCCGGCGGCGGUGCGGCGGGAGCUGGCGCGCCGGCUGCCCCGUCCGCCCGCGCAGGAGUUGCGCACCGCCCUGGGCGAGGUGAAGAAGAUCGGCCACCUGCGUCUCGCCGAGCUCCUGGGCGCCCACCCAGCCACGCCGUAGCGGCCGCGCGAGCCCGCGACCCGGGGCGCCCGCCGGGACGCGUAGGGACGCGAGGCUGGCGCAGGCCCGGAACGGCGUCCACACGCGCCCAAAGGGAGGGGACAACUGAAGCCAUCGCACGAAUAAUGAGCCCUUUUGUCCUCCCCCCCCCCACGCGCACGCUUUGCCAAAAUAGCUAUAUAGGUUCGUGCUUUGCCCCCCAUUUAUCCAGCUCACUGCCUCAAUUCUCCACUCCCUUUGCAGCGCGUUGACGCCACCCGCCUUUGUGGAUUCCAAAGCGCUUAUCCAGCCCUUGUUGGCGCCGCAUCCUCUCCUGCGAAGCCCGAGCUGCGAAGCAAAACGGGCGGAAAAGGAAUCUUUUUAUUCCACAGUGGUUUGUCUGUUUUUUCUUCUCCCACCUCAUUUGCUGUACCCGACAUUAACAUGUGAGCAGAAGUAGGUUUCUCACGGCGCCUACGGGGGCCGGAGUGAGAAAAGCAAAGUACUGAUUUGGGUCUUCCGCGCCGGGGAAGCCGAGGGUGGGGGUCGGUGGGCGGAUGGGAGCCUCGCGAUGGGCCAGCGUUGGGAAGGCGCCCCGUAGG